AGAAAACUCGCCUGACGGACAAGGUCUGUAAAAGAACCUUCAGUAAAUGCAAACUAUUGCAAAACGGUGGAUGGCGGUAAUGUACUGCUACAGUCUGCAAAUCGCUGUUAAACGUCAAGAGGAAGAAAACGAAGAAGAAUGUAACCCAGCAUCAACUUCCUCUUCCUUGGCUACGUCACCUUCAGUAAAUGCAAACUAUUGCAAAACGGUGGAUGGCGGUAAUGUACUGCUACAGUCUGCAAAUCGCUGUUAAACGUCAAGAGGAAGAAAACGAAGAAGAAUGUAACCCAGCAUCAACUUCCUCUUCCUUGGCUACGUCAUUUUUAUUGUCGUGCGCAUUUUAGUUUGGGGAAACCUUUUUUAUGUAGACACGAGGGCGCUAAAUCUGAAAUAAAAUCCCAUUAAAUGUGAAAUCACACGAACCUGUUGGUGAAGUCGAUUCGACAAUACUUGCCAUUAUCUCAAAUCUCGUAUUUCACAUCCUUACAUGGGAAACCGAGGUGCAAACAAGGUCGGGCUAAGCUACGUUUCAACAAGUUAAUUAGGCAAUACUAGCACAACCAGGGAAAUUCUUACUUUAGCUGUCCAGCGAAUGUGUCAUGUAUUAUCACGUUUUGGUUAACAUGGUGGGUUAAUUUUAAAAUGUUAAGCUUCGUAUAGCUGGUUAAGUUCGAUAGCGCCAGUUAACGCUGGUAGGCUGCUCCCGAAACGAUUGAAUAUUGGAGGGAAGGGAAACAGGCCAUGACCUGCUGAGAAAUUAGCCAUAUUAACUUUGGAGUUCGUUAGUGUGUACAUUGGAGCCUUUUGGUCAACCUUAAACCUCAGGACAAUGGCACCGCGUUUACAGUUGGAAAAAGCGGUUUGGCGUUGGGUGGAAUCUGUAAAACCUGAAGACAUCGGCCAGGAGCAUAUGGAGCUAGCAUACCGCAUCAGUCUUCCAGCCUGCAAGAGGGGAACAUGCAGGAGGAACUGCAAAGGGAACCCCAACUGUCUUGUUGGCAUUGGUGAACAGACGUGGCUUGGGGAGAUUGAUGAAAAUGUUUUCCACAAUAUUGAUGACCCAAAUUCAGAGCGUAGAGAAAAGAACACGUUUGUUGGUUUGACCAAUCUGGGAGCUACAUGUUAUGUCAACACCUUCCUGCAAGUAUGGUUCCACAACCUUGAACUUCGAAGAAGCCUCUAUCAGUGCUACAAUUCCCACGCACAGGAACACGACACUGAGUCAGAUUAUGAACCUCAGUCCAUUUGUGAGCAUCUUCAAUAUUUAUUUGCACUACUACAGAACAGCAACAGAAAAUAUAUUGAUCCUUCAGGGCUGGUUAAAGCUCUUGGCCUAGACACUGGGCAGCAGCAAGAUGCCCAAGAGUUUUCAAAGCUCUUCUUAUCUUUGUUGGAGGAUACAUUGUCCAAACAGAAGAACCCAACCUUGCAAAAUGUCAUUCAGCAGCAAUUCUGUGGACAGUUCUUCUAUGUAACUGUCUGUAACCAAUGUGGGCGAUCAUCUGCAUUGCCCUCCAGAUUCUACGAACUUGAAUUGAACAUUCAGGGCCACAAGAACCUCGCAGGGUGUGUUACAGAGUUCCUGAAGGAUGAGAAACUGGAUGGAGAUAACCGUUACUUCUGUGAAAGCUGUCAUAGUAAACAGAACGCUACCCGGAGGAUCAGACUGCACAGUCUCCCUCCCACCCUCAAUCUGCAACUCAUGCGCUUCAUCUUUGACAGACAAACAGGCCACAAGAAAAAACUCAACACAUACAUCAGUUUCCCUGAGCAACUGGACAUGGCGCCUUUUUUAGAAGUUACAAAAGAUCAGAAGUGUGUGUAUGAACUGAGUGCAGUGCUGAUCCAUCGUGGCAUCAGUGCCUACUCAGGACAUUAUAUUGCCCAUGUAAAAGAUGCUCAUACUUGCGACUGGUAUAAAUUCAAUGAUGAAGAAAUUGAAAGGAUGGAAGGCAAGAAGCUCCAGUUGGGUACUGAAGAAGAGAUUGCUGAAACAGUGAAGUCUCAGACACGAAAGCCCAAGUGCAGUAAAGGCUACCACUGUUCCAGAAAUGCCUACAUGUUGGUGUACAAGAUUCAGGAAGAGGAGAAUUUAGAUGCCUCAAAGACAACAGUUCAAGUACCUGAGUUCCUUCAGAGGUUGGUGGACCAAGACAACCAUAAGUUUGAGGAGUGGUGCAGUGAAAUGGCAGACAUGAGGAAACAGAGUGUUGAUAAAGGAAAAGCAAAGCAUGAGGAAGUGAAGGAGCUGUAUGAGCUCUUACCUGCAAGAGACGGAGAACCUUAUGAGUUUAUACCUCUGUAUUGGUUGAAGAAGUGGUUGGAUGACUCUACAGCUACAAAGAAAAUUGACAACUUAGAUUUCCUGUGUUUUCAUGGAAAACUGCAUCCAGACAAGGUGGGAGAUGCCAAGAGGGUUUCUCAGAAAGCUGGCCAGGUCUUGUAUGAGCGCUACGGUGGAGGGCCAAGGCUGGACGGCUCCACUCUAUGCCGAGAGUGUGUUGGACAACGAUGCAGGGUCCUACGUCUAAAGCGUCAACUUAAUGAGGACCACAAGGAAGUCUCCAAUCUGGUCAAACGUACAGUCAGUUGUGAAGGCUAUUGGGUGGGCAAAACCUCUCUGCGUAGUUGGAAGCAGUUGGCUUUGGAGCAACUGGAGAAGGAUGAACAUGAAAGCAAAACAAGCAAUGGUCAGAGCAAUGGGAAGGGACGCGAUGCGAACAGCAGCCAAGAUUGCGGCCCUGAGCUCUCAGAGGGCAACGAGGAGGAGAUGAAGAUGUUCAAUGAGGACCUUGUCUGCAGUCAUGGAGGUUUGAGUAUUCUGGACACGGAACGUAAACUGGUCUCUUCUGAAGUUUGGACAAAGCUUAGAACAUACUUCCCCAAAGCCCAAGAAUUUACCCAAGACCAAGGUCCCUGCCCACAGUGUCUGACACUGGAACAGGAAGAAAAGGACAAUGAGGCUGUGAGUAAGAUGAUGGCUCUGGACCAGAAGAACCAGCUUCUCAACCUCUUUCAUGAGAAGAACCGACCAAUUCUCACCAAGUGGCCUGAGGUAGACACAGACAUACUUUAUGUUGUUCCUCUGUUUUUUGUGGAUGAGUGGCGAAAAUUUAUCAGGAGACCAACUAAAUCCUCCCCAGUGUCUAAUGUGGGAAACAGCCUUCUGGUUUGUACGCAUGGAGGCUUCAUGUUCACCUACGACUCCCUAAUCAAUGGAGACACACGACACAUCGCUCUGCUCUGGCCCAGUGAAUGGGAGGUUAUCAGCAAACUCUUCAUUGUUGACCAGCCCAUCUCCAUCCAUUGCUUCAAACAGACCACUCCCACAGGUCCCACCACUAAAUACACCACUCAGCCUGAUCUCUGCUGGGAGUGCAGAGAGGGGUUCCUUUUCCAACAACAGAAAGACCUCAGAGAGUACACUCAAGCCACAGUUUACAUCCGUAAAAUUAUUGCCGACAAAAGGAUGAUUAAAGAAGUGGUUCCAGAGCUGAAUGCCAGCAGCUCUGAGGCAGAGGAGGAGAAGGAAGAGCAACCAAAGGUAGCUGGAGAGAGAGAUCCAGACUUCAGCCAGUCAGAAGAUGGUGCAAAGCGGCUUAAACUAAGUGACGGUAAUAUCGCUGAAGGAGUGGCCUCUCCAGGAACCAACACAAACAAACUCAGUGGAAUCAGGAGAAGCACUCGGCACCGGAAGCUCAGAGGUGAAAAAGCCCUUAUUGUUUCAGCAAAUCAGACCCUCAAAGAACUGAAAAUUCAGAUUAUGCAUGCAUUCUCUGUGGCGCCAUUUGACCAACACCUAUCCAUUGAUGGGAAAAGUCUGACGGACGACUCAGCCACAUUGGGUAGUUUGGGUGUCAUUCCAGAGAGUAUCAUCUCUCUAAAGGCUGAUGAGCCUAUAGCUGGUUUUGCUGCAAUGGAUGACGUCUAUCAAGUGGGAAUGCCUGAAGAGGGAUUUAAAGAGUGAAACCAGGCUGGCAUGCUGCAGUUGCGUGAAUGUGAGAGUUCCAUUGAGGGACACUGCUUAAAUGGUAGUGAAUGUUUUGUUGGAAUUAUAGUUGAGAUUCAAGAACCAAGAGAUUGGAACCGGGACUAACGUUUUGGUUCUCCAGGAAUCUUUCGAAUUUAAAAAUUUUGGUUCCCAAUUUCAAUGCCUAGUCCACCGAUCCCGAAAAAGAAGUGGCGAAAACCAACAAGAAUACGCAUGAAAACAACCUUGUGCCUUACAGCGACGCAUGUCUUUAUUUUGAAUUAAUCAGUGCAACACAUGGAAUAAAAUUAUACCGUGCAAAGGUGGCUUUCACAUUGUGUAGUGUCUGAAGCGGUCCGAGCGUGAGCCUACACCACACGUAGCUUCAGUGAAGUCAACUCUUAGUCAGUUGGGUGAGUGAAUCAAUAAAAUACGUUUCUGGCAACAUUGAGACAGCUAACAAGGUAAAUCGUUGGGUGCAUUUUUGCACAGGUUUUGGGGAUUUAUUUUAGGCUUUAAACCAACGUAAGAGGGAAUGACAGUAUUAAAAAAAAACAUUAACAUUGAGCGUAAACUUCACCGUAGCAACUUUACAUCACAAUGAAUUGGGACAAAAUUCACAUAGGCAUCUCACAGUAUCACAAACACUAACCUUGUGCCUUAUUGGUGACUAAUGAAAGGAAUCAACAUUUUAUAGCAUUUGGUUCCAUCCAUCCACCUUGUCCCGCUUUUCAGGGUCAGGUUGAGGGGGCAGUAGCUUUAGCAGGGAUACCCAGACUUCCCUUUGCCCCCCCACUUCACCCAGCUCCUCUGGAGGGAUCCCGAGCCGAGAGACCUGGUUUCUCCUGGAUGUCCUGGGUCCUCCCCAGGUUCUCUUUCCAGUGUGACGUGCCCAGAACACCUCACCAGGGAGGCGUCCCGGAGGCGUCCGGAUCAGAUGCCCCACCCACCUCAUCUGGCUCCUCUCAAUUAAGAGGAGGAGCGGUUCGACACUGAGCCCGUUCCGGGUGACCGAGCUUCUCACCCUAUUUCUAAGGGAGAGCCCGGACACCCUGCAGAGGAAACUCAUUUCGGCCACUUGUAUCCGGUAUCUUGUUCUUUCGGUCAUGAGCUGUGGGUCGUGACCAUAGCUUAGGAUAGGAAUGUAGGUCGAAUGCUAAAUUUAGAGCUUUGCCUUUCAACUUACCUCCCUCUUUACCACAAGGGACCACUACAAAAUCUGCAUCACUGCAGACGCUCCAUUCUUCCCUCACUCGUGAACACUUGAACUCCUCCACUUGAGGCAGGAUCUCAUCACUGAUCCGAAUAGGGCAUGCAACCCUUUUUCGACUGAGGACCAUGGUCUCAGAUUUGGAGGUCUUGAGUCUCAUCGCAGCCGCUUCACACUCUAGAUAGCAUUGGAGACCAUGACUUGAUGAAGCCAACAGAACAAAAUCAUCUGCAAAGAAGAGAGAUGCAAUGCUGAGGCCACCAAACUAGACACCCUCUAUGCCAUGACUGCGCCAAGAAAUUCUGACCAUAAAAAUUAUGAACAAUAUCGGUGAGAAAGGACAGCCUUGGCGGAUUCCAAAUCUCACUGGAAAUGAGUCUGACUUAAUGCCGGCAAUGCGGACAAAACUCUGACACUGGUUGUACAUGGGAUGUUCGGUACUCUGUACUCCUGAAGAACCCCCCACAGGACUCCCCAAGGGAAACGGUCAAAAGCCUUCUCCAAGUCGACAAAACACAUGUAGACUGGUUGGUUGAACUCCCAUGCACCCUCGAGGACCCUAGAGCUGGUCCACACUUCCACUGCCAGGACGAAAACCACAUUGCUCAUCCUGAAUCUCAGAUUCCACUUCCCUAUGGACCCUCCUCUCCAGCACCCCUGAAUAGACCUUAACAGGGGUGCUGAGGAGUGUGAUCCACCUGUCGUUGAAACACACUCUCCGGUCCUGCUUCUUAAAAAGGGGGACUACCAUCCCAGUCUGGCAAGCAUUUGGUUCCAUCCAUUCAAAAAAAUAAUAAUCACCAGUGCCAUUUGAAGUUACUUUUUUUGCCAAAAUGCUGUGUUCCAGUGGGUGCCCUUCAUAAUAAAAGGCUACAAGCUUAAAACUGAAAAUUAAGUUCAAAUUUGCACGUGUAAAUCAUUUGAAGUUACAAAACAGUCCCAGAUCACGAUUUUACCAAUGCUAUAUUGAACUUAUAUCUGCCAUUCAUAAUGUUAGUUUGGUUAUUGCCACCAACAUUGCGUUUUUGUUGAUAAGUUAGGUAUUGAUCAUGGUUAUAAAGAAUUCGGAGUAAAAAUAUUCAUCUUCGUGUAUGCUGCGGUCUGUUUAUAAUUUGGACACCCUUUAUUGAAACCAUUUUAAAUUUUUUGACCAAGCCCCCAACGAGAAUUAAAAUCUAAAAUCAUUUGGAACCGGAAUUCAGACCGGAAUCACUUUCAUUCAAACAAUUCCUAACCAUAUUUGUAAUACAGUACAUAAUUGUAAAAAUUGAUUGCUCAGAAAAUUGUUUGUAUCCGAAUAUUUUAGUUAAUUACAUUGUAUGAAUGACACUGUGAUAAUCCAUACUUCCAUUUUCCGUUGCCGCUUAUCUUCACAAGGGUCGAUGGAAGUUUUGUAUUAGGGUACCAUAUAAGGUGCUUCGUAUUAAAAAGUGCAGUCUCAGUUGCGGGUGCAAUUUCAGUAUUUUAACACAUACGCAAGGCGCACCAUAUUAUUGGGCUCAGACGUUGCUGCGCUCAUGGGGCAGUGAGGCACAAUUGAAGCUUUAUUUUUUUAAGCCGAAGAAUAAGCUUACACUUUUUCGCCCACUAUGACCAGUGGAAUCAAGUCAACAGUCAACACGCCAUCCACACUCACUGUGUCACACCACAGCAAAUAGAAAAGCAGAACCACCAGACAACAAAAUAACCAGAACAAUGAGCGAAGAAAUAAUUGACACAAAACAUGUACUUCAAAUGCUAUCUAUGUACAGAUUUAGCCAUGCAAGCACUCUGGGAGCAUUUCCAGCCUCGUGCUUUUUAAAGGUCAAGUGUCGUGAAACGGAUGAUUUUUUGUAUAUUAUUAAUGAAAAACCCACAGCCAAUAUGGUCCCAUGUGUUUUUUCACCACAAAACAUGAUUUUGACGUAUACAGCUUUUUCUAACCCCCGCCAUGAAAAUCCUCUCAGGAUUUGUUUUCGAGAAGAAGCAGGAAGUGACAUAAAGGACAGCGACGCCCCCUCGUGGACUCAAUUUGUUUCCAUUAGUUUUACCUCCAAUAGUUUGGAGCGGACCACGUAAUCGGUCUCUCUCACAACAGCAAAAGAUCCACGUAUGAAAUGUGUUGAUGUGCGCAUACAGCUACUAAAAAAAAUAAUAGUUUGGGGCAGACCACAUAAUCGGUCUCUCUCGUAACGUAACAAAAGAUCCGCGUACGAAAUGUGUCGAUGUGUGCGUCGCCCAGCCAACAAUGUCUCGAUAGUGUUCAUCGCGUACUGCGGCGACUUUGAACAUACCCCUAAAAGCAACAUAGCUUGGCUCCACCUCCUCGUAUGCCACCACGUUCGGCAAUCACAGCUUCUGCGAAGGCAGCGCGUCGGGCUUUGCGACAUGGACGGCUCUGAAGAACCCAGCUGAGAAUGCGUUACUCAGUCCUUCGACUGCAAGCACCCCCCUAAAGCAGCACCGCUCAGCUCUGACAUAAGCCAUACUGGCCAGCUGCGAUGACCCGCGAUGGCUCAUCUCCGCCGCAGGAGUGGAUCGGAUGGGAUGCGGUUUGGCCAUGAUCGGAUAUCAUCUGAAUUUGGCUCGAAACAAUAGUGUAAUAUUGCCCUGAGGGCUCAAAACAAUAGUGUAAUAUUCCCCCGGUAACUUCACUCGGUUGUGUGGUGUUGUCCUUUUCGAAAAGAGCUUAGAUGUCAGAAGGGGCAUCAGAAACAUGUGAAUAUCUCUGUUGUUCGGCUUCCAUAGUAGCAGGCACUGCGCGUUUUCAACGGCAGAAGUGAUGACGACGUCAAGGACAGAGGGCGCGACUAAUAUGGCGACCACUUGGAUGUCGAGGGACACUCAAUUGCGCAACUUUGUGCAUGGAUGACGCUCACUUUUUUUCCAUAGAGACAUUGAAGUAAAUACUGUUAUAUGUAUUUUUCAUUACAAUAUCUAUUUUAGAAUGUUUAUAGGGAUGUCUGUCCCACUUUAAAAAUGGAGGGGGAGCAAAACUAAGUUCAUUGUACUAUAUUGUAGUAUUGAACAAUGUAAACAGUGAGUUUGUUUGUACUUUAUUGAAGUAUUUAACAAUGUUCGUACUUGGGUUAUUUUUUUGAUUAAUCAUCAUCCACAAAUCCAUCCAAGUCCUCAUCUUCUGUAUCCGAAAUGAACAGGUGGGCAAGUUCUCAAUCACUCACACGCUGCUCGCGAUCUCACUUUGAAUGCUCUGCUUACACCGAUGUCCACCGGUUGGAGUUCCUUUGUCAGUACUCCCGGAAUACUUGCAAGCUCUGAGUUCAUAUUUUCUGCGCUUAACUGGUGGCUUACAUUUUGCAUUGGGCUUUAUCAGCGUCCGUACCAUCAUUAGUGCCAUUUUCAGGGGUCGUUAGCCAAAAUGAUGUUUUGCACAAAACACACACCAAAAUGAUUUACCUGCCGGGUGGCGUGCCUUUACCGUCCUCUCCCACGGCCACACUUCCCCCUGUAACGUCCACAUGCAUCAUACGUUCACUUUUCGUCUACACAAGCAGCGUAUCGACAGGAAAUGCUCAGUCAAUUACAGAUUUUGGAACUCGGGUGACACACAAGGUGCCCCAUCCAUUUUGGAGAAAAUUCAAGACUUUUAAGUUCACCUUACAGUUGUGAAAAUAUGGUAGGUAAUUUAUUUUGUUAAUGUACCCAGCCAGAACUGCAAAGAAUAGUUAUCGGAGUCCUUUCACCUUUUUCCUCUCAAAUAGUUGCCUGUUUCUGUUUGCACAUUGAGGACAAAGAUAUUUUUUGCUUUAAUCACUCAUUUUAAAAGACACGAUUCAGGCAACGUAUUUUUCCUCAUUUUUUGAGAUUGGAGUGUGAAAGUUGUAGCUGGCUAGUGUGGACUGAAUGGGUGGCAACGAUAAAGAAAUGAAAGGCCAGUAUUUUAAGGAUUUGGAAAAAGAAAAACAACGAUGAACUAGUUCAUUUUUAAAUGUUGAACUGAAAUUUAAACUAGUUCGUGUGGAAAUGAACAUUUUCAAUCACAUCGAUUUCAAUUCACAUUUUUUCCCCAAUAUCGUGCAGCCCUAGUCUCCAGAGACAUAUCCAGAUAAACCAAGGAAUGGAGUAUGCUUUUGAUAUGAGAAAUAUAUGUUUAUCAGCAAUUGUGGACACUUGCAGCUACUACUUCAUUCAGUUGGAUUACAUAUUCACAUUUCUGUGGUGAAUGAUGCGUGUGCUUCUCCCUUAAACAGUCAUUGUUCUCUCAUUUCUGUCACAAGUAUAGAUUGUCUUCCCACUUUCAAAAUACCUUUAAUUUGCAGUUAAGGUAUAUUACCUUUACACUAUAAAAACAAAUUGAAAUACUAAACAUGGGUGUCUCAUAACUUUACACCAAAAUAAGUAAACCUCUCAAUAGAAUAAAGUGCGUUCAUUUGAACAGUACUGCUGCCAUAGUAGUCCUGAACCUGGGUAGUAACAUUAACUUGCCACCUCUCAGCAAAAGAACACACGCACAAUUGUAUGUCACUUUUUUCCACACACUGAAAUAACAAACAAAUGUAGAGGUGUCAAAAGAAACAAACAAAAAGUAUGCAUAAUUUAACUGUCACACAUCAGCUUCUCAAUUGCAACCUCACAAACCAGGUCAGGUACUGUAACAUUUAAACACACUUAACAUAAGUUUUAGCUUAAACCUAUACUAGAGACUCAUAUUUGCUUAUAACCAUCUGUAGUCACAAAAGAAAUGAGUAACCUGUUGGUAUGAGAAGUCUGUGUGAAUAAGCCACUCAGGACACCUGUUGCUCUUUCUCCAUUCAGUUGGAUUAUGAGCACCAUUUACGCCCCACAUUGCGAAAUGUUCUUGUGGACCCUACUGGUCAGUGCUAUUCCCAAGUGUCCAUUCUACAGUAAAACAGCAUCGUAAUGUAAUUCCUUGUUAUAAGGUCAGAAGAUAAUAAAGCAAUGACAAUAUCGCAGAAAGUAUUUCUUACGUGGAAGAAAAUUUUAAUAUCUCAACAAAACACACAACCAUAUAGAAAUAGUGUGUGUGUGUGUGUGUGUGUGUGUGUGUGUGUGUGUGUGUGUGUGUGUGUGGUGUGUGU